AUGAUCCCCUACUCUGGUCAUAUCGAGGAAAAGACCUCGCUCCGUUGGCGACAACACUUUCGAUACACCAGCAACCCUUACGCGGCUUCUCGGUCCGAUAUCUCACCCAACAACACCGACGCAGCCAUGAGUGACCAACCCUUCCCGACUGCCGCCUUCAAGCAGCAGUACCACGGCAUCGAGGUCUCCUUCCCUGCAGGACAAGGCGACUUCCGCAGCGUGCGCAACUCGUGUGCAGCAGCAUGCCGUGCAUUCAACAGCACACCAGAGGAUGCCGACGUAAAAGUCCGCGGCGAGAAGUGGCUCGACAUUGUCAAGCCCAACCGUCCUAAGAAGGCGGAUGGUACUUCGGCAGAGGAGGGCACCAUGGUCACCCACGACCAGGCCAUCACCAACCCUACCCUCAAGGCCACCAUCCCGUUUGUCAAGCCUCCUCUCUGGGUUGACUACGGUACUCGUCUCAAGGUGGCGAGCACCACCUUCAUCAACCGCAACUGCGUGAUCCUCGACACGCCCGUGGCUGACUUGAUCAUUGGGGAACGCUGCAACAUUGGCACCAAUUGCACCAUUGUCUGCGUUGGUCACCCAGUCAGCCUGGAAGGGCGAAGGACGACCAAGCUGAGCACCGGUGCUCCCGUCACGAUUGGCAACGAUGUUUGGAUCGGCGCCAACGUCACCAUCCUACCGGGUGUCUCGAUUGGAAACGGCGCAGUCAUUGGCGCCGGCACGGUAGUAAACUGCAACAUCCCACCCAUGACCCUCGCCGUCGGGUCACCUGUCCGGCUGGUCAAGGCGCUGGCCCUCAACGAGGACAAGCCAGCCGUUUUGAUCAAGACACUCGACGAGUCAAAGGAGCUGACCAACUCGUUACCCAUGGAGCACUGGGACGGGACCGACGCUGCCUUUCGCGCCGCCCAGGCCGCGCAGCUCGCGCAAAAGAGCAACCGGCGGGGGGGGCAGCGAGCACCAGCGCGUGGAGGAGCAGCAGCGGGAGCGGCUCAGAAAGUCGGAGAUUGUCGUCAUUGCGGCUGUCACGACGGUGGUGCUCGCGCUGCUGAUGCUGUUUAG